UUUAACCUUCUGAAAUAAUAAAAACCCUAUUUUUUUCCCUCUAAAAAAGACGCCAUUUUUUUCGUUACUGGGUCUGCUCAGUUCGCAUCUGUAUCUGUGUCCGCCUUUGGCCUUUUGCAUUGGCCAUUGCGUGUUUGGUUCUUUCUGGUGUGAGUGAGUUUCACUCACCUUUUUACUAUUUGAAUGAAUUUCACUCCCUGUAAAAGAAGAUAAUGGUUUAGUGGAAUCACAGGGGACGAGCUGAGCUCGGCUACAAACCAACGAAAUAACCCACAUGGAAUUUGUGGGGAUCGCCCAAAACAUAUACAAAUCAAACCCACUAGUCUCAGAUCUCUAGGAUCUCAGCAAUUCAGCCUUGAUAGAUGCUUGUUUAUCGAGAAAAUUCUCUUCUUUUUGCUGUUUGUCUCAGCUCAUAUGGUGCCCAUUGUACUCAGUUUGAUUCAAAUUCUCUUUUUCCGAGCUGAGGAUUCGGCGGGACAGUGAUUUUAGCAUCCUGGUCUUUGUUUCCUUCAAUUUUCAUCAAGUCUCUGACUUUGUUUGCAGUGAAAAGCCAAAGUGAGCAGUUUCUGUCAUGUGUGAUAUUGGGUUUGGAUUCUGAUUCUGAGACUGCAACUCAGUUUGGAUAAGGCAAUACUUCAUAUGAGAAUGGCUAAGUGUGUUUGUUGGCUAUGGUGGUUUUGAAUAGAGGCUGCUCUCUGCUCUGGUUACAUAAGGAAAGUUUAAUGAACAAAGAAAAAGAGUAUAUGGGAACAACUAGUUCCAUGUUGUGGAAAGUGGGUUUACUUCUUUUGGCAUUGAUAGAGGCUUCUUCUGCAACGCUUUCUCCUACUGGUGUAAAUUAUGAAGUUGAAGCUUUGGUGGCCAUUAAAAGCGAUCUAAUUGACCCACAUAAUGUUUUGGAGAACUGGGAUAGUAACUCUGUAGAUCCCUGUAGCUGGAGGAUGGUUACUUGUACCGCCGAUGGCUAUGUAUCUGCUCUGGGAUUGCCUAGCCAGAGCUUGUCUGGUAUCUUAUCUCCUGCAAUUGGCAACCUCAGUAACUUGCAAUCUGUAUUGCUUCAAAAUAAUGCCAUCUCAGGUCCAAUUCCUGCUACAAUUGGGAUUUUGGAGAAGCUUCAGACACUUGAUCUCUCCAAUAAUUCUUUCACUGGUGAGAUACCAGAUUCUUUAGGCAACCUGAAGAACCUGAAUUAUUUGCGGUUAAACAACAACAGCCUUACAGGACCCUGCCCUGAGUCUCUGUCCACGGUUGAAGGUCUCACUCUUGUGGACCUUUCUUUCAACAAUCUGAGCGGAACCUUGCCAAAAAUAUCCGCAAGAACUUUCAAAAUUGUAGGAAACCCUUUGAUUUGUGGUGUAAAGGCUGAGAACUGUUCUGCUGUCCUUCCAGAGCCCCUAUCUCUCCCGCCUGAUGCUCUAAAAGCUCAAUCAGACUCUAGGAUGAAACGCCGCCACAUGACUAUAGUCUUUGGGACAAGCUUUGGAGCUGCUCUUGGUGUCAUAAUAAUUAUUGGGUUACUUGUUUGGUGGCGAUACAGACACAACCAGCAGAUAUUCUUUGAUGUCAAUGCAGACCAAUAUGACCCAGAAGUGUGCUUGGGGCAUUUGAAGAGGUAUACAUUUAAGGAGCUCCGGGCAGCAACGGAUCAUUUCAACUCAAAGAACAUUCUAGGGAGGGGUGGUUUUGGGAUUGUAUACAAGGGAAGCUUGAACGAUGGGACUCUGGUGGCAGUUAAAAGGCUAAAGGACUACAAUACUGCUGGUGGCGAAAUCCAGUUUCAGACAGAAGUAGAGAUGAUUAGUUUGGCUGUACAUCGAAAUCUUCUGAGGCUUUGCGGGUUUUGUUCAACUGAGAAUGAAAGACUUCUUGUUUACCCUUUUAUGCCUAAUGGAAGUGUAGCCUCUCGAUUAAGAGAUCAUAUACACGGUCGACCAGCUCUAGACUGGGCAAGGAGAAAGAGAAUAGCCUUAGGGACGGCCAGGGGGUUGGUUUAUUUGCAUGAGCAGUGUGACCCCAGAAUUAUCCAUCGUGAUGUUAAAGCAGCCAAUAUUUUGCUAGAUGAAGACUUCGAGGCAGUUGUUGGAGAUUUUGGGUUGGCAAAGCUUUUGGAUCACAGAGAAUCCCAUGUGACCACAGCUGUGCGCGGCACUGUUGGCCACAUUGCUCCAGAGUAUUUGUCAACAGGUCAGUCAUCAGACAAGACAGAUGUGUUUGGGUUUGGGAUCUUGCUCCUGGAGCUAAUCACAGGUCAAAAGGCUUUGGACUUUGGACGAGUUGCAAACCAGAAGGGUGUAAUGCUUGAUUGGGUGAAGAAGCUCCAUCAGGAGGGAAAGGUGAAUCUCAUGGUGGAUAAGGAUCUAAAGGGCAAUUUCGACAGGGUUGAGUUGGAAGAAAUGGUUCAGGUUGCCCUGUUAUGUACUCAAUUUAAUCCUUUGCACCGACCAAAAAUGUCUGAAGUAUUAAAGAUGUUGGAGGGUGAUGGUUUAGCCGAGAAAUGGGAGGCCUCACAGAAGGUUGAGACACCAAGGUUCCGGUCAUGUGAACACCCGCGGCAAAGAUAUUCAGAUUUUAUAGAAGAAUCUUCACUUGUGUUAGAAGCUAUGGAGCUUUCUGGCCCUAGGUGACAACUAUUUUUCUUUUUUCCUAUAUACCUCCCUUUUAUUAUGUUGCUUAAGUUUGAAAUCAGAAAUCUGUGAUUGUUGAUAGCUGUUGAAUGCAUGUAUUCAUCUGUAAAAAAAAAAAUGAGAAAGGAAAGUCAUGUACAAGCUGCUUCUUUUUCUCUUGGGGAAAAUCAAUUGAGUUGAUUGAGCUUCUUUCAGAGAAAGUUUUGGACUUGUGUUAGAAAUUUGUAUGUAGUUGCUUUGUAUCUAAUCUCUAGUUGGUUCUAGUUCA